AUGAACGUCUUCAAGCUCCUCUCACGAUCGUCAAAGGCGGCGCCAAACUCGCCGUCGCAAAAGCUGCCAUCCUCCGGCGCAGUCGCGAACCCGCAACUUUUUGGCCACGAUGAGCCUGCGCAGCCUACACAAAGCACGAACAAGAGCCGAAAACGAAAGAGAGGCCUUGUCGCUGUCACUAUACAGUCACCCCCCAGUCCAGCUGCAUUACCAGCAGAUCUCGACUUUUUCGGCGGAAGCGCAGGUGUAGACACCGAGCUCGAUGGAGAUGAUGGCAAGCUCACAAAGGGGAAGAAAAGGCAGCGGAAGGAAGAGCUGAAGGACUCUGGUGCUUUGGAGAACGGCACCGACGUUGUUGAAGAGGAGCAGUACGAUGUGGAUGAAUGCAAAAAGAUACUACACUUGCAUAAGCUGAAGAUCGCAGUGCUGGAAGACUUCGCGCCACAAGUGGAAGAGUCGCGGGAGGAAAAAAAGAAGUCCAAAAAGCGGAAGAAGGAAAAGGAGCAAAAGAACCAGAAGAAAGAAGCAAAGCGGCAGCUUUACCCACAGCCGCUCACGUCAUUUGCUCACCUACGUACACGAUAUGGCAUCUCGAGAAGACUAGCGGAGAACAUAAUGGAUCAAGGCUAUAAGCUACCUACCGAGGUGCAGCUUGGUGCUCUGCCGCUGCUGCUGGCUAGUAACAACCACAAGGCGGGGCAGAAUGGGUCUACAACGGGCGCAGAAUCUCUCUCUGGCGAAGGGUAUGCCGGGGAUAUCGAUCUAUUGACGGUCGCACCCACAGGCAGCGGGAAGACGAUAGCAUUUUUGAUACCGAUCAUCAAUGCGCUGCUUUCGGAGAGCAAGGAUACGGAUUCUAGGGACGGGCCACGCGCCAUCGUGCUUGCACCUACGAGAGAGCUUGCGUCGCAAAUUGUCAAUGAGGCGAGGAAAAUGGCAAAGGGCACGGCAAUCAAAGCGACACUGAUGAGGAAGGGCAUGGAGGUCGUUGAAAGAACAGAAAGCGAGCUCAUCGAAUAUGGGCCCGACUCACCCGAUGCUUCUGAGCAUGACGAAGACGCUUCAAAUUCCGAUAAUGAAGACAAGGCAGUACAAAAGAAAAAGCAAACACCAAGACGAGCAGAACUCGUAAAAGCAGCGAUUCUCGUAGCCACGCCCCUCGCACUUCUAAACACUUUGAAGCGCAAAGAUGGCACAAUCGCGAACCUACCGAGCGUCUCCCAUCUUGUCCUCGACGAAGCAGACGUGCUCCUUGACCCGCUCUUCCGCGAACAAACCCUCCACAUAUGGAACGCUUGCACCAACCCCAAGCUGCGAGUAGGGUUGUGGUCUGCAACAAUGGGAUCCAACAUCGAAAACCUCACUCUCUCCACCAUGAACACGCGUUGGGAGACACUGUCCUCGUCGAAGUCCGAUAUGCCUGCGCGACCGCCCCUCAUCCGUCUCGUCGUCGGUUUAAAGGACAGUGCUAUACCAAACAUCUCCCACCAACUGACGUACGCUGCAACCGAACAAGGAAAACUUCUUGGGAUACGACAGCUUCUCCAUCCAACCUCCAGUUCCUCAGACUCCACAGCUCAGUCAACUCUGAGACCACCCUUCUUGGUCUUCACACAAACCAUCUCCCGCGCCAUCGCCCUCCAUUCCGAGCUCCUCUACGACAUACCCCCCGAAGCAGGAGGCUCCUCGCGCAUUGCAGUCCUCCACGCUGAUCUUUCCUCGUCCGCACGUGACAGCAUUAUGACGCGCUUCCGCCGCGGCGAAGUUUGGGUACUCAUCACUACUGAUCUACUCGCUCGAGGCGUGGAUUUCCGCGGCCUAAACGGCGUGGUGAACUAUGACGUACCCAACUCAGCAGCCGCAUAUGUACACCGAGUUGGCAGGACGGGACGAGCUGGCAGGGAGGGCGGCGUAGCAGUCACCUUCUACACGCAGGACGAUAUCCCGUACGUGAAGCUCAUCGCGAACAUCAUCCGCGCGUCUGAAAAACUACGGGGCGUCAAGGCGGAAGAUGGCAGCAUAAAGCAAUGGCUUAUUGACGCCUUGCCGACACCAACGAAGCGCGAUCGGCAGCAACUCAAGAAACGAGGUGUUGAAGCUAGGCGGACUGUCAAAGGAGCAGAUAACAAGUCCAAGAAUAGGAUCAGCACUAAGAGCGGUUAUGAAAGGAAGAUUGAGAAUAAUCGCCGAGGCGCCAUGCUUGGGAGUAAGCGGAGAGCAGAAGCGGAAAAUGGUGGUGGUGUGAAGGAGGUUGAGGAUGGUAGUGAUGGGAGCGACUUCGAGGGGUUCGAGUAGAUAUAGCAGGGCUGGAUUCAGAUGUCAAGAUUCUGAAUUUAGACACUUGAUUCUCUUCUUCCUUUAGACAUACAGAUAUGCCCGUCGUCAGUCUCCCCGUACACUUGUCUCAUCCCUACCACCGUAUCACAA